GAAGACUUUAGAGAGACUUGAUAGUCACCUUUAAAACAUUUUUUUAUAGUUCAAUUCAAAGCAAAUUAUUCUUAUAAUUAGAGGGAUUAUAGAUACCUUUUGUGCACUUGCAGUUUUCCUUGAUUUGAAUUUCAUCAUUAUUGUUAUUUGAUUCACAAAUAUGGAGCACUUGCAGAAAUUCUUGCAUCAGUUUCAACAUCUUAAAAUUCCACUGGAAGAGAUAAAAUCAGCCACCGACAACUUCAACGAUGAGAAGAACCGUAUUGGAGUUGGUGGUUUCGGGAAGGUUUAUAAAGGAGAAGUGUCUCACUCUAAGGGACGAAACAUGGCUGCUAUCAAGCGUCUAAACCAGAAGUUUGGACAAGGACUACCUGAGUUCUUGAAAGAGAUCACGAUGCUGUCCCGUUACAGGCAUGAAAAUCUUGUCUCUCUUCUGGGGUUUUGUCACGAAGGAGAUGAGAUGAUCCUUGUGUACGAGUAUGCAUCUCGUGGAAGCCUAGACCGUCAUUUAGAUUCCCCUCAUCUCACGUGGACACAACGUCUCAAGAUAUGUCUGGAUGUCGCAAAGGGACUAAGCCACCUUCACGAUCCAAGGGAGACACACCAAAGACUUAUUCAUUGUGAUAUAAAAAGCGCCAACAUCCUUCUCGAUGACCAAUGGAGAGCUAAACUCUCCGACUUUGGGCUAUCGAAAAUGGGCCCAGCUAAUGAGCAGGAAUCUGUUAUCAUCACCUGUGCAUCAGGUACCCCUGGGUACUGUGACCUGGAGUAUGCAAUGACGAGCACCCUAACGAAAGAAUCAGAUGUAUACUCUCUCGGUGUGGUCUUAUUCGAAGUUUUAUGUGGGACACUAUGUUGUACAUACGAAAAUGGUCGUGUUCCACGUAUUUUAGUGCCCGCGUGGAUUGAAAACUAUAAGCAGAAUAAGUUAAACGACAUCAUCUUUAAAAAUCCGACCAUUCAACCAUUGGAUCAGAGAUCUUUAGAAACAUUUUCAGGCAUUGCGUAUCAAUGUUUGAAGGAAUCCCGUGAAGAUCGGCCAAAGAUAGCUGAGAUUGUGACAGAACUUGAGACUGCACUUAGAAGUCAAGAGUUAAGCGAAUGGAACAUGUUUUCUUACUACGAAGAGAUGACUAAGACCGCCGAACCUCCUCUGAAGUACAGUAACAAAGAUGAAUUGUUGAAACUUCUGUCCAAAGGGGUCCUCCUUAACGGCGGCAAAACGUGGUUCUCGUUAAAUGAAAAGGGAGAGCACUGUGAAAUGAUAUCUUUUGCAAAGGACGCGAUGUUCAAAACACGCGUAGAAACUCAAUUCCUUUCACCAGGAAUCACAUACACAGUGAACCUUGUGUUCAAGUUUAUAUUCCUAGUCGACGAGGCGAUAAAUUGUCAUCUUAUGUCCCUCAAAUAUAAAUUACAAGGGGAGACAAAAUCUUCGGUCUCACACCUUGCGUAUAAAACAGAAGAUGGAUGGUGGAGAUCUGAAUUGUAUCAAUUUACUAGUGACGAGAGAGUCGUUGCUCUUGAAAUUCUGUUUGACGGUUUUUAUGGUUCUUUUACAAUGAUACAAGCACACGGCUUAGAGUUCCGACCCUUGGAGAAAGUGGAACAUAAAGUGUCAGAAGAAGAAGAGAAGUUGGAUGUGCAAUCCAUAUCAGAUGUAAAUUGGAAAGAAAAAUUGCCAACUGAUUAUGAAGACAUAAUGAAGUUGUCCGAAUAUAGCGGGCAAUGGAUAACGAAGAAGGAAGCGUACUCAAUUAUUCGCAAAGGGUUGUUAAUCAGUGAGGGUCAAAAGUGGUUUUCUCUUGACAAAAAUGGGAAGAAAUGUCAUAUGCUAUCAGCAAGAGCGGCUGGCAUAUGGGUCCAACACGAGGACAGACUGUCUUUACCCGAAUCAAGAUUUGGAGAAGCUAUGGUGUUGAGGUUUUGGACAUUUAGUAUAGUCUGCGAAAUCCAAUCCCAACUCGUAUCAUCCCAAACAACAUAUGCAAGUUACCUUGUCUACAAAUUACCAGAAGACCAAUCCGGGUUUGAGGCACCAAUGGUAGUGAAGGAUGGAGAAUACAUAGAUGAUUAUUAUUGGUAUAUCUAUUUAGUAAGACCUCAAACCCCCGUUAUUAGACCAAAGGCUGAUGAAAACACCCACAACCCACUCUAUAGGCCGGAAAUAAAAGGCCUUCCACGACAGAGAAACGAUGGUUGGAUGGAGGUACAAAUUUGGGAAUUCAGAACUACUAGUACCACCGAAAAGAUUCCUAUGUGUCUUAUAUUGAGUGAUAAAGGUGGUAAGAAGUUUAGUGGGCUUAUUAUUCAAGGCAUUGAGUUUAGACCAAUAUAGAUUUCAUUUUUUUUUUAUUAUUAUCACUAGACAAGUAGCUACAGUUUGUGAAUUGUGAUAUUGCCCACAAAUUCCGGCUACAAUGUGCUAGGCAUAUCACAGUUUCAGAAUGACUGACAAGUUGUACAGAGGCAAUUGAUACAAAAGAGCUAAAAGGGAGCCGACGAACAAUUUGGAGUUAUAUAUGUCUCAUGAUGGAGUUAAAACAACUCUCAAAGACUUGAACUUGCAACCUAACUAGCAACUCGUUCGAGUGAAUGUUGCUGUUUUUGAUGGUCCACAUAUCGCAGGUAGUAGGCGUUGGUCUUGGAGACGCGUUUAUGUUCCCACGUCAAGAAGUGUUUUUUUUUGACCAAUAGUUUUGAAAGUCGAUUAAGAGCAUGAUGGUUGGCAGGUCACUGAUGGGAGGAAGGAUAAUGUGUACUGUAUGUUGAUUACUGUUGGUUUGGUAAACAUAAGAUAUUAUUUUGGUGCUCAUGUUGCAUAUCAUUUUGAAAUGAAUACAAUUAUUUACAUUAUUUUAAAACGUCGUUUAAUAAUACUAAUAUUUUUUAAUAUGAAA